UUAUUUUAGCCAUACAAUAUUUUAUUUAUAUAACCUCUCACUUCCCUUGCUUCCUCAUCUAUAUAUACACUUGAAUCCCCUGACUUCCUUCUCAUAUUCUCCCUCUUCUCUCUUUACUUGUUUUAGCUGGGCACAUUCUCUUCUAAUUUCUCAAUUUCUCUUUGGUUAAGAAAUGGAAGUUGUUGGAUAUGUCAUAGUAGCUUUGCUCACAACACUAAAAGCAGUUGAGGGCUCUGGAAGUGGGUGGAUAAAUGCUCAUGCUACCUUCUAUGGAGGCGGCGAUGCCUCCGGCACAAUGGGUGGAGCUUGUGGGUAUGGAAAUCUUUACAGCCAGGGCUAUGGGACAAACACAGCUGCACUAAGUACUGCUUUAUUCAACAGUGGGUUGAGGUGCGGAUCUUGCUAUGAGAUUAAAUGUGUAAACACUAAAUGGUGCUUAUCAGGAUCCAUUAUUGUCACUGCAACCAACUUCUGCCCCCCAAACCUUGCUCUCCCUAAUAACAACGGAGGCUGGUGCAAUCCUCCCCUUCAACACUUUGAUCUUUCGCAGCCCGUCUUCCAACACAUCGCUCAGUACAAAGCCGGAAUAGUCCCAGUUCAGUACAGGAGGGUUGCUUGCAAGAAGGCUGGAGGAAUCAGAUUCACAAUCAAUGGACACUCCUACUUCAAUCUUGUGCUCAUAACCAAUGUAGGCGGCGCAGGCGACGUGGUUGCUGUGGAGAUAAAAGGUUCAAAAACUGGGUGGCAAUCCAUGUCCAGGAACUGGGGUCAGAACUGGCAAAGCAACUCCUACCUCAAUGGUCAAGCCCUCUCUUUCAAGGUCACAACCAGCGAUGGACGCACUGUCAUCUCCAACAGCGCGGCUCCAUCCAACUGGAACUUUGGCCAAACCUACAGUGGAGGCCAGUUCUAACUUUCCCAACACAAAAUCUGACCAUAAUCACACUUCCAAAUUGAGUUGGCAACCUCUAACUUCAGCAACAUUUUCUUCUUCUCUAAUUACAUAUCUACGUAUAUAAGAGUGUGUCAUGGUGGGGUGUUAUAGAAAUAGCCCCCCAUGUGGGAUUUUUGCCUGACUGCAAGCUUUUAGUUAGGCUUCUUUUCUGUAAACUGAGGGAAUCUACAAACAGUAGAAGGCUUCAAAGUAAGUAACCAAUAGGUUUGUUUUUUCUGAUGUAUUUGUGGUGUGUGAUACACAUUUUGGCUGAGGUGAAAAAGGCAUUUCACCCGCUUAAGCUCAGUUGGUUUUGUUAUCUGAUGCUUUGUGUCCUUGUAAUAUCUAUAGGAAAUAAAUAAUACUUGGAGUGUGGUUAAUGGAA